AGAAGAGUGACAAAAACAAACUCUCCAGAUGACAUUGAAACACAAAAUCAGGAUCUGUUUGCAAUAUGGAGCUACGAUGGGAAGAUGGUGUAUGAAAACAUCAUCGAAGCAACGGAGGAAUUCAACUCCAAAUAUUGCAUCGGAGAGGGAGGAACAGGGAGUGUUUACAAAGCAGAGUUAAGCACUGGUCAAGUUGUUGCUGUGAAGAAGCUUCAUGCUAAUACAGGUGGUGAUGAUCACGAGAUGUCUCAAUAUCUCAAAGCUUUUACAAGUGAGAUUCAAACAUUAACACAGAUACGACAUCUUAACAUAGUCAAGUUAUAUGGGUUCUGUUCACAUCUAAGACACUCUCUCUUGGUUUAUGAGUUCAUAGAAGGUGGAAGCUUGCGAAAUGUACUGAAAAAUGAAGAAGAAGCAAGAGCAUUUGGUUGGAGCAAAAGGAUAAUCGUUGUAAAAGGUGUGGCAAAUGCAUUAUCCUAUAUGCACCAUGACUGUUCGCCGUCUAUAAUCCAUCGAGACAUAUCAACCCAAAAUAUUUUACUGAAUGCAGAACAUGAUCAAGCUUAUGUUUCUGAUUUUGGGACCUCCAGAAUUCUCAAUCCAGACUCAUCCAACUGGACUUUGUUUGCUGGAACUUUUGGAUAUGUUGCUCCAGAACUUGCUUUUACAAGGGAAGUGAAUGAGAAGUGCGAUGUGUAUAGCUUUGGAGCUAUGACGUUGGAAAUAUUUGGAGGGAGGCAUCCAGGAGAUCUCAUUUCAUCUCUUUCCUCUUCCUCAUCCUCAUCAUCAUCUGAAACACCAGCUUACCAUCAAGUAGCAGUAAUGGAUGUUUUGGACCAGCGCUUAUCCCCCCCAUCGGAUCAAGAGGCUGGGAAGAUGCUCUAUCUUGCUAAGAUUGCAUUUGCAUGCUUGAAUGGCACCCACAGUCUCGUCCAACAAUGAAACAGGUUGCUCAAAAGCUUUCAACUCAGACCCAUCAUUUGUUAAAACCUUUGGCUUUGCAUACAUUAGGAGAUCUGUUUGAUUUCAGUUAUUCUACUUCCUGAGCAUAUUCCACCUCAUGAGAGUGCUUCUUUCUUUCUUUUCUUUUCCCUUUUUUUUUUUUGUUUUGUUU